UCCUUAUGUAACAAAAAAAUAAAAAUGACCCUAAUUGUCCAUGUCUCGUCGGGGAUAAGGCAUUUGGUAAUUUGAUUAUCGCCUGCCAAUCGCUCCCUCCAAAAACCCUAACCACAACCGAAAGGCUCUUAUAACGACCUCAAUUGCAAAUUCGAUCACAGUUCAUACUUCAAACUUGUCGAACAAUAGUUUCGAUUGCUUUGCCAACAUGACUGCGUCCAAGAGAAAUUACAAGGACAAACCAAUUCGCCGCAAGGAAGAGAAACCGGAAGAACCGGAAGUACCAAAAUACAGAGAUCGAGCUAAAGAGCGUAGAGAAGAUCAAAAUCCUGAUUAUGAACAAACUGAACUUGGAUUUCAUGCAGUGGCUCCUCCUGGUACUGUAGAUCUUCGGUCUUCUGAUGCGCACAAGUUAUCGAUUGAGAAGAGCAAGUACCUCGGAGGUGAUGUGGAGCAUACCCAUUUGGUCAAAGGUUUGGAUUAUGCUUUGCUGAACAAAGUAAGAAGUGAGAUUGAUAAGAAGCCAGAUGCUGGGGAUGAUGGUGAUGGGAAAUCAAGGUCAUCUAAGGAAGACCAACAAGUGUCAAUCCGAACAGCUACUGCGAAGUCAGUUUAUCAGUGGAUAGUCAAGCCUCAGACCAUUAGUAAAACAAAUGAGAUGUUCCUUCCUGGUCGAAUGACAUUUAUCUUUAACAUGGAGGGUGGAUACCAUCAUGAUAUUCCAACGACCUUGCACCGUAGUAAAGCUGACUGUCCCGUGCCAGAGGAAAUGGUUACAGUUAAUGUUGAUGGAUCUGUUCUAGAUCGAAUUGCAAAAAUAAUGUCAUAUCUUCGUCUUGGUUCUUCUGGGAAGAUCCUAAAGAAGAAAAAGAAGGAAAAAGAUGCAAAAGGGAAGAUUUUGGCUGUUGGUAAUGGAUAUGAAAAAGAAGAUAAGACACCGAAGGUUGAAGGUGGACCGAAGAAUCAAACUGAAAGAGAAACCUUCUUGCCUCCUCCACCCCCCUUAAAGAAAAAUCCUCUCAUAUCAAGAGAGAAACAAGGCCCAGCUGUUGCUAGAGCAGAAGAUGAUGACAUUUUUGUUGGUGAUGGUGUUGAAUAUGAUAUACCCAGUAAAGACUUGAGCCAAAGUCCUGUCUCUGAGGACAUGGAAGAGUCUCCUAGGAACAAAGAAAAGCCUUCAUAUUUCACAGAACCUAGUUAUGGUCCUGUUCCCCCUUCUAUGUUGUCUCAAGGGUGGCAAGAAACAAACGGAUAUGAUGUGAUGCAAACACAAGCCUUGGCUAGUGGGUACCAAGGAGAGUGGCAGGAGUACCAGUAUGCUGAACAACUGGCUUACCCAGAUCAGUAUCUUCAGCCAAAUAUGCAGACUUAUGAUGUGCAAGCAGGUUUAACUAUUCCACAUGAUCCGCGCUUUAUGACUCAAGAAGAGAAGGAUCGUGGUUUAGGGUCUGUGUUUAAGCGAGAUGACCAGAGACUUCAACAGCUGAGAGAGAAAGAUGCUCGUGAAAAAGAUCCCAACUUCAUCUCAGAGAGUUACUCUGAAUGUUACCCAGGGUAUCAAGAAUAUAACCGUGAGAUAGUGGACAGCGAUGAUGAAGAUGACUUGUCAAAAAUGGAUAUGGGUGGAAGGGCAAAGGGUCGUCUUCAUAGAUGGGACUUCGAAACUGAAGAGGAAUGGGCCACUUACAAUGAACAGAAGGAAGCAAUGCCAAAAGCUGCAUUCCAGUUCGGUGUAAAGAUGCAAGAUGGCCGGAAGACCCGAAAGCAAAACAAGGACCAGAAGCUCAAUAAUGAUUUGCACAAGAUCAAUAAGAUACUUUCCAGAAAGAAGAUGGAAAAGGACACGAAUGGUGAGGUUGGCCACCAUUAUGAUGAUGAGCCGCAACCUGGGAAGAAGCUUCGAAUAUAAGUUGUAGUCACCACAUUGUAAUAUUUUAUUGAAUGAAAUGAGAAUUCCAUUUAUAUCUGAAGAUGGUGAUGCAUUAGUAUGAUCUAUUUUUUGCUUUUGCUUUUGUAGUUGCCUUAUUCGAGCUGUUCUCUGUUCAUAGAAUGAAAAUAAAUAGUAUUAAGAUCAACCUAAAUAUCUGUUGGAGGAUAUAAUAUUAGGCUGACCGUUAUAAUAGUAAAAGGUUUAUUUUCAAGAUUUGGAAUUAAAUUUUUUUAUUUUAUUAAGG